UAGAGCUCAACUGUACGCAAAGCGUGAGCCAGCCAUGGCGACGAUGAUUAUGAAGGGCUUGGUCGUGUCUGCAGGUGUAGCAGGAGUGGCGGGAUUCGUGCCUCCAUCCGCUGGUAGAUGUACAGCCUGGAGAGGUCGUCAGGUCACAAUGAACUUGUUCAACGACGCGGCAAGGUGCGUUCCUGCCGUGCUGCUCGGGGUGACCUUGACAACAUCAGCCCCGCUCUUGGACAGCCCUGCCGCACACACUGCCGUUUUGGGAGCGUCUCCCGUGUUCGCUGACGACAAGGGAAUGUCUAGCGUCAGCGAUUCCAAGCUCUCGGUGGGAGCGGCUUCGACCGGAGACAAGGGCGCGCGGAAAACCGUUACGCGGGGCGUGAACAUCGAGAACGCCGACUACCACGACAAGGACCUGUCCAGCGUUUCCUUCCAGCAGAGCCUGGUGCGCGGGACGAACUUCAAGAACGCAAAGCUCGUGGCGGCAGGAUUCUUCGACGCUGACCUUUCCAACUGCAACUUCGAGUCAGCGAACAUGAACCAAGCCAACCUCGAACUCGCAAAUUUAAGCGGCGCAAAUAUGAAGAAUGCCUUGGUCACGGAGGCGUACGUCUCGGGCGCUACUAAAAUGGAGCCGGCGAUUAUCGAAGGGGCGGACUUCACAGAUACGUUUCUACGGAAAGACCAGGUCAGGUAUCUCUGCGGCCUGGAAACCGCCAAGGGAACCAACCCUGUUUCGGGGGUAGACACCAGGGAUAGCUUGGGUUGCCCCUGACGUUUCUGGCGGGUAGGCCCAUGUGUGAUGUUCUCUGGUACUGAUGUUGAACUUUUGUUGCUUCGGCGAUAGAAGGGUUGGAUAGGUGGUCGGCAGAGCUUAGGCGUUGGGUUUGUCGCAUCAGUGUUGUUUCUUUAAGGGCCUCUACAACAACGGUAAUGGUAGAGGCAAUGACCGUCGUAAGUAUUUCCGCGAUAUUCCUGCGACUGCCCCACGAUAGGCGUGGCCACCCUAGACGCAUAUCAUAAAUAGAUGGACCCGAGAUGUUUUGUCAGGAGAAUAAUGGCAGGGCAGUAAUAGAGACGCAUACGUGAACACUGAGAUUAUUGGCUCUUUGUUUCGAUGCGUGUGUAAAACCAUACAGUCGCAGUUGCUUCAUGCCCUGGUAAUUUCGAGAGAGGCACAAGCUGAGGUCAAGGAAAACGUGUGGAUAAAAGACUAUGCUGGCAGACGGCGAACGGGCCGUGCGUUGCCUAAGAUACCACACACAACUUUGGACUGAUGUUCAAAGCUCGAUCACUUUGCAGCAAACAGGUGACGGUGCCGAACAUGGCGGCGUUGGCACCGCCUUUCCGAACAUCCUUUUGUCACGGGUUAGUCGGGCUGUGAAACCGGUCCAGGGGGUGUGAUAUCUUAUGUCAUGUCGCCUACGGCAUGCACGUGUCGCCCUCUCUGGCUCUUACCUCGCCACUCGCAACACAACGCAAGCUGUUCGCUGUGGUGCAUGUAUAUCUACCGUUGACAAGGGCUUCGGCGCCUCCACGCGCAUCAAGCCGUACACAAAGACCGAAGAAGCAGUGUUGAUGUCCAAGCACAGACAGCACCGAGUACAGGGGUGGGAGGGCAUCGGGGGCGGCAAUACCUCUCC